GAAAGUUGAGUAAAACCCUAAAAACCCCAAGAAAAUUGUAAAGUGUCAAAUUCACCAUUUCUUCUUUCCUUGUGUUCUUCCGAUAAACCUCCCAUCAGAUCAGAAAACGAUGAUCCAAACCAGAUUCUUUCCCAAAUGGCUUCUUCCAAGAAACCCAUCAAAACCCACUUCUUCAUUUUCAUCAAAAUCCCAUUUCAACCAACCCAUUAUUUCUCCUUCUUCUCCUUCUCCGAUCGUCAACCCAAUUCUCCUUCAACCACGUGUGGUGGUUUACGACGGAGUCUGCCAUCUCUGCCAUCAAGGAGUGAAAUGGGUUUUCAAAUUAGACAAACACAGAAAGAUCAAGUUUUGUUGCCUUCAAUCCGAGACAGCCGAGCCUUAUUUAAGCCUAUGUGGACUCAAUCGAGACGAUGUUCUUCGUCGAUUUCUCUUCGUUGAAGGUCCUGGUGUGUUUCAUCAAGGCUCUAAUGCUGCUCUUAGAGUGGUUUCUUACUUGCCUUUUCCUUACUCUGCUUUGAGUGGUUUUAGGGUUUUUCCGACUACAAUUAGGGAUUCUGUGUAUGAUUAUGUUGCGAAACGAAGGUAUGAAUGGUUUGGGAAGGAGAAUGAUUGUUUGGUUUUGGGAGAAAAGGAAAUGCUCGAACGAUUUAUUGAUAGAGAUGAAAUUUUGGGGAAAAGAAAAACUUGAAUUUCAAAUGUUGAAUGAAUCUUUUGAGAUCAAGCUUAAUGGGUUGGUUUGUUGGGAUUAGACAACUAUGAUUGGAAUGUUGAUGAACAUCUCAUCAGUUUCUUUGGAAAACUUACAGUGGUUAGUAUCUGUAAUCAGAACAAUCUCAUUUUCCUAUGUUCCUUGGCUAGAAGUAUUUGGUAGUUGUUGAAUUAAUGGAUUCUUCAACUCAGAGAGUAUGCUAUCAUUUGUUGUAUGUUAUGCUUAGAAAUCAGGCUUUCCAUGAUGAGAAGAGAAGGUAAUCAGAUCAUCUGCAGCCUUGGCCAUCAAGAUUCAAAGCUCUAUCAUUGACACUGAGUUCAGUGGUGUUACCAACACGCAGCGAUUGGAUCGUCGUUUGAUGCACUUGCUCACUCUCCAUUCCAGUUCCAUUGUGUUAGUUCAGCUCAUCCUAGUCACAUGUCACAUGUCUCUAGCCUAUUGGUCUCUAACCCUUUCACUCGAAUUGCCAACAUGUCAAGACUUUGUUAGUUAUGUUAGUUAAAUUUCUGUUAUGUAUGUGUUGCCUAGUUGUCAUGUCUUGUCGGUUGGUUAGAGCUACAUUGUGAGUAGAGAGAGAUUUCUCUGAGUGUUCGAGAGGCCAUUGUCAAGGCUUGCUCACCCUGCAGAUUCAGGGAGUUCAGAACAAAGGGAUUAGGCUCUCAAUGAAACUUGGGGAAGUUCAAAUCUCUUUAACUCAUUGUGUUUAUUUCGGGUUGGUACUUGAGAUUGGAGUUAGGAUUGUGAUCCUAACACUUUGGUUGUUCCUCUGCCCUUGAAGCUGAGUCUCGGGCCUUUCAUACUAAUUGCCAGGUGCUUCAUUCAUCGGGCUGUGUUAUGUGUUAUGUACAACCAUUCUUAACUGGACUCAUUCUUUGGGAAAGUGUAUCUACCAUGAUUCUCCAUCCUCAACAUUGUGAUGUUUUCGUUAAGGAAAAGAAACAAUCUUAAUGGGUUGGAGAGGAGAUUAUAUGUGACUUGAGUUUUAUAAGAUGGAGAUUCUUGUGUUGUUGUUCUUGAUGGAUAACAAUGCUUGAUAGAUUCUAUAAAUAUAUCUAUUCUAUAUAAAGUGUGCCUAUAUAACCGAAUUCUUGGUUUAUGAGAAAUUCAUGGGUGACAUCUUAUUUAUAUUAAAAAUAAAAUAGUUUAUUAUUAAAAAUAGAAUGGUUUAUGAGAAAUUCAUGGGUCACUUUUUAUUUAUAUAUAAUAAAAUAAAAAUAAAAUAAAUCUCAUUAAAUUCAAAAAAAAAAAAAA